AUGUCUGAAAUCUGUGAACAUCCAUUGUGUACUCGUGUAAUUUCGACAAUCUGUUCAAACCAUUGUCAAUUAGAUCUUUGUGAAGAACAUAUAAUUGAACAUAGAAAUUUGUUUCUUGUUCAAUAUGAAAAAUCGUUUAAUAAUCUUAGUGACUCAUUAAAUGAAUUGAUUAAUUCAGUUGAAGAAGCAAAAAAAAAUCUCGAAAAUAAUUAUCAAAAAGAUAUCUCUAUAAUUAAUGAAAAUCAUAAUAAUAAAUUAAAUGGGUUGGAACAAGAAUUUCUAUUAGUUAGUUCAACACAGAAAUUAAUUAAAAAGAAACUUCAACUUUUAACUGAUGUUAAAAAUGGUCAAGCUUUUCUUUAUCAAUAUGAUAUUGAACAAAUUAAAUUAUAUUUAACAACACUACGUGAAUAUCAUCAUGAUAAAAUCACAAUAGAAACUAAUAAGCAUGACAUUGAAACGUCUUCGUCAUUCAAUUUUAAUACUGAUUCGGAUGUUUAUUGUGUUCAUGCAACAAAUGCUAAUACAAAAUAUGACGAGAUAUCGUAUCAUCGUGGUCAAUGUCCAUUAACUCGUCUUGGCAUAUAUGGUUUGACAGACAAACAUAAAUUACGUUUAUGUUCAUCUGAGAAAAAAACACCUGAUCUUUAUUUAUUAAACCAUUUUCAUCGUUAUCAUCAUUUAACAAAUAAAUUAUCAUAUACAUUAACAAAAGCUAUAAUUAAUAAAUUAAAUCCUUUAACAACAUGUAUUUUUCAAUCUGAAACAGAUAUUAUUGAUCAACAUUAUCAUCUUAUUCGAUGUCCAUUAAGUAAAAUGGAAUCUAUUAAUUGUAGAAGACCAUUGUUUAAGCGUUCAUUAAAAAAACAUUUAUUACAAGUUCAUCAUUUGACAUUAAAGACAUGUAAUAAAAUGCUAGAAACAAUUCAAAAAAAAGAUGAUAUAACGGAACAUGCUUUUAAUGAAAAUGAAUAUAUAUAG